AUGUCGACGAAACUCCACCGCAACCCUCCCUUCCGCGCCGAGCACCUAGGUUCUCUCUUGCGGCCCAAAGAUCUCCUCGCGGCGCGCGGUGAGGAAGGAGAAGAGAAGAAGAAGUCGGCAGAGGAACUCCGCAAGAUUGAAGACGACGCGAUCGAGGACAUUGUAGAGAAGCAGAUCCAAUGGGGUUUCCGUGCCGUAUCUGAUGGCGAGUAUCGGAGACACAUGUUCUGGGGCAGCUUCUGGCCCGCCCUGGACGGCAUGGAAGAGAUCUACCAACCGCCCCUUGAAAUCUUCCGCUCGUACGCUCCCGACAUUGCCGCCUUUACCGAAGCGGGUGUUCUACCUGGCGAGUCUGUUAUCUGCACCGGCAAGAUCAAGCACGCUGGAGAGUCUACCUACGUUGGCCAGUUUGAGUACCUAAAGACGCUGGUGCCGGAGGAGCGGUGGGGAGAAAUUAAGAUGACAAUCGCCGCCCCAAAUUGGUAUCACUUCCGGUAUAAACAGGGAAAGGCGUAUCCGAAAGACGUUUACAGCAGCGAUGCGGAGUACUUCAAGGAUGUUGCGCGGGCGUAUCAAGUCGAGUUCGAUAUCCUAUACAAGGCUGGAUGCAGGAAUAUCCAGAUUGAUGAUCCAAACCUAGCAUACUUUUGCUCCGAAAAGAUGCUGGACGGUUGGAGAGAGGACAAGGACAACAUAUACACGCCCGACGAGCUACUGGACGCAUACAUCGACCUGUACAACGACUGCGUUUCCAAGAUGCCGGAAGAUAUGCACGUCGGUGUGCAUCUUUGCAGAGGCAACUUCGUUGGCUCCCGCCACUUUUCCGAAGGCGGCUACGACCGCAUAGCCGUAAAGCUCUUCCAACACCUCAACGUGAACACAUACUACCUCGAGUACGACACGCCGCGGGCCGGCGGCUUCGAGCCGCUCAAGGAGCUGCCGAAGAACAAGAACGUCAUCCUCGGCGUCAUCACAUCCAAGUUCCCCGAGAUGGAGAAUAAGGACGAGAUGAAGAAUCGAGUGUACCAAGCCGCGGAGAUCGUCGGACAGGGAGAGGUUGGCAGUAAGGAGGAGGCGCUGAAGAGACUCGGCGUAAGUCCACAGUGUGGCUUUGCGAGCCAUGCGGUGGGCAAUCUCGUUGGACAUGAUGAUAUGGCGAAGAAGCUGCAGUUGGUGAGGCAGAUUGCGGAUGAAAUCUGGCCCGGUGAGCCAUAG